AUGGUUUGGCCGUGGUCCUUAUCCAAACCCGUUAAAGAAACAUCAAAGGAAAACAAUUCUUCCGAAAUCGAGUUUCGUGAUCCAUCACUUACCGAGUUCUAUACAAAGGCCAAACCGCCAACACCUGUGUCAUUAGCGCCAGAAACCGUACAGCAUGAUCAAACAAGUAGUAGUGAUGUCAAAGACACUAACGCGGGAAUAUCAACUAUACCAGGAUUUGCUUCAAAUGCAGAAACUGUGUCAACAACAUACUCACAUCUGGGUGCAGGGUCUUUUGAACUGAAAGGCGGUGGCCGAAAAAUAUCACUUCAGCAAGCCGCCAGAGACAAUUGUGUAGAAUUUGAGGUUGCUCUUUCCAAUUGUAUAGUUCGUGGAUCUAUAUUCGAUAGGUUUCUAUCAUGUCGAACUCAACAAAUGAAUCAACAGAAAUGUACUGAAUUACAAGAAUAUGCGUUGGCAGUACUUGGAUAUAAUUUGGCACUGAGUCAAGAUGAACGAAACAAGAUCCAGGGCCUUGCUGAUGAUCUCUUAAUAGCACAUGCUCCAGACAGUAGAUUGACGGAAGAUAUCUGUGAACAGUUCAAAACGGCUGUUGACAACCAUCGUAGCUCGACUGUUAAGUACCGGUCAUAG